AUGUCCUCACAUGUUCAAAACCUCUGUGCCUUACUAGUUUCUGUUAUGGUUGUAGUAGACUUGAUGGAAAAUCUUCAACAUGUUAAGGCAGGUGAUGCUUCUCUUGCUUUAACCAAAAUUUAUAAUACUGCAUCAUGUUCAUCCGAUGCUAAUAUCGUUCACUAUAGAUAUCAUGUUGACGAUAAUUGUGUAACAACAAUCCUGCUUGCAUUAAUUCUUAUCCAAGCUCGUUCGGUUGGAAGAACGCCACAACAUGCUAUGAUGGAGAUAAAUAUCCAUUACCAGCUGAUUUUUCUGAAAUUGGGUGGUGGUCUAUUCAUGAUUUUGAAGUUGGUGAUUAUUGUCAUUUUAAUGGUGAUAAGAUUAUUGAGAUUAAUAAGUUCCAAAUUGGUAAAUGUGUUUAUCUUCCUCUAA